AGUCACAGGGCAAGCGGCGAGUAGAGAGAGUCAGCACAGGGCGUUCGGCUGGCGAGGCGAGGCAGCGCUUUGACGGGGUGGUGGUGCUGAAAAGCGAGAAGGAAGAAGAAGAAGCCUCGCGACCAAGCCGCUCCGUCUCUCUCUCUCUCUCUCUCUCUCUCUUUCAUUGCCGCCGCGUUUACGGGACGCUGUGGGGCUCCUUCCCCAGCUGUGAGUGGGCGUGCGAGGCUGAGGGAAAAGGGGGUGAUGCGUUUCCCGCUGGCGGCCAUCUCCUCCGAAGCUGCCGCUUCCACGGCCGCAGCCGCUGCCUCCACCGGGGCUUAAGAGAGACGCGCUCGAGCGGAAUCUUCCACCCUCGCCUCCCUGACCGGAGAGCGGGUCUUUUAAGGAGCGGGACCUAGCCCGACAUGAGCCGCGAAGCCGACUUCGCUCGUUCCUGAACCACCCGGAGACGCUCUUCCACCUGACGAGCCGACCCCACCCCACCCCACCCCACCGGCUGCUACCCAUCCACCCACCCCCGGCGAAUCCGUCCGACUGUCGGAGAUGGGGGUGAACUCGGUGCACUGGUUCCGCAAGGGGCUUCGACUCCACGACAACCCAGCGCUGAGGGAAGUCAUCGAGGGGGCCGACACGGUGCGCUGCGUCUACAUCCUGGACCCCUGGUUUGCGGGAUCCUCCAACGUGGGAAUCAACCGGUGGAGAUUUCUUCUUCAGUGUCUUGAGGACUUGGAUGCCAACUUACGAAAACUAAACUCUCGUUUAUUUGUGAUUAGAGGACAGCCUGCAGAUGUAUUUCCUAGGCUUUUCAAGGAAUGGAAUAUUUCAAAACUUUCUAUUGAAUAUGACUCUGAACCAUUUGGAAAGGAGAGAGAUGCAGCAAUUAAGAAAUUGGCCACUGAAGCAGGAUUGGAAGUCAUUGUACGGAUAUCACAUACCUUAUAUGACUUAGACAAAAUUAUAGAAUUAAAUGGAGGCCAGCCACCUCUUACUUAUAAGAGAUUCCAAACUCUAAUAAGUAGAAUGGAACCAUUGGAGAUGCCUGUGGAAACUAUCACUGCAGAAGUCAUGUCAAAAUGUUCCACCCCAGUUUCUGACGAUCAUGAUGAGAAAUACGGUGUUCCAUCACUUGAAGAAUUAGGUUUUGAUACAGAUGGAUUGCCUUCCGCUGUUUGGCCAGGAGGAGAAACAGAAGCACUCACAAGAUUGGAAAGACAUUUGGAAAGAAAGGCUUGGGUUGCAAACUUUGAACGACCUCGAAUGAAUGCAAAUUCCCUUCUUGCAAGUCCAACAGGACUUAGUCCUUAUCUGCGUUUUGGCUGUUUAUCUUGCCGUCUAUUUUACUUCAAAUUAACAGAUUUGUACAAAAAGGUGAAGAAGAACAGCUCUCCUCCUCUUUCCCUCUAUGGCCAAUUGUUGUGGCGUGAAUUCUUUUACACAGCAGCAACUAAUAAUCCACGAUUUGAUAAAAUGGAAGGCAAUCCCAUAUGUGUGCAGAUUCCUUGGGACAAAAAUCCGGAGGCUUUGGCCAAGUGGGCAGAGGGUCGGACAGGGUUCCCUUGGAUUGAUGCGAUUAUGACCCAGCUGCGUCAGGAAGGCUGGAUUCACCAUCUUGCCAGACAUGCUGUGGCUUGCUUCUUAACGCGAGGUGAUCUGUGGAUAAGCUGGGAGGAAGGAAUGAAGGUAUUUGAAGAAUUGCUUCUUGAUGCAGACUGGAGUGUGAAUGCAGGCAGUUGGAUGUGGCUGUCUUGUAGCUCAUUUUUCCAGCAAUUUUUCCACUGUUACUGUCCUGUGGGUUUUGGCAGGAGAACUGAUCCUAACGGGGACUACAUCAGACGGUAUCUACCUAUACUCAGAGGUUUUCCUGCGAAGUAUAUAUAUGAUCCUUGGAAUGCCCCUGAGGGAGUCCAGAAAGCUGCAAAAUGUAUAAUAGGAGUAAAUUACCCCAAGCCAAUGGUAAAUCAUGCUGAGGCGAGUCGAUUGAAUAUUGAAAGGAUGAAACAAAUCUACCAACAAUUAUCCCGAUACAGAGGAUUGGGCCUCCUUGCUUCAGUGCCUUCUAAUGGAAAUGGAAACGGAAAUGGAAACGGAAAUGGUGGCCUAAUGGGAUAUUCUUCAAGUGAAAAUCUCCCUGGUUGUGUUGGUACGAGUGGCACUCAAAUGGGAACCAGUGAAGGACAUACAGGGAAUGUUCAAUCAUGUACCCAUGGAGAAACUCACAAAGGAACAAGUGGAAUUCACCAGCAAGGUUAUGCUCAAGGAAACAGCAGAAUUUUACAUUAUGCUCAUGGGGACAGUAAAAAAACACACUUAGUGCAACAAGGAAGAACAUCACUUAACAUUGGAGUGUGCACUGGGAAGCGGCCAAAUCCAGAAGAAGGAAUUCAAAGUAUUGGUUCAAAAGUCCAGCGACAGAGCAGUAAUUAAUGGAGUAAAACUGAGUUGUGAAGAAAAUGAUAAACUACAUUCUAGUCUCACAAAGAGGAAACUAAGCAUGCCUGCUGCAUAUUUUGGGAGCAUAACUUUCUUGGAAGAAGUGGACCAAACACCAUUGCAUCUAAAAUCCUAUUUGGCGGUGGCCAAGAACUCCCUGUCAUUAAUUUCAUACUUUGAGCAGUCAUAAUCUUAUCCUGAGUGUGACUUGUAUUGUCAUUUAACUACACCUAGUUUCUAUUUUUCCAUUAAAUUGUGAAUUAAUGUGGUUUUAUUACUUUGAAUUUGCUGAGAGAUAAAAAUAUUCACUUGAAACCUAGUCAUUUGUGUAUCAUCUUGGGUAAUGGGCAGUAUUUAUUUUUUCUUGAAAUUAUUUGUUAAUUUUUAUGCAUCCCAAUUUAUUUUUAUAGUGGGAAGUUUAAAAAAGAAAUUUCAUCUAUUGCCAUUUUCUACAGAUGACACUUUUCCCUAAGCAGUUUAAUAUUUUUCCAUUUUAUAUUCAUUUUUCCCCUUUUUCUUAAGAUAGGCUAUCUAGAUGCAUUCAGGCUAAUGUAUACAUAGCACAUGGAUUUUUAUCCAUGUAACUUGGAAUAUUUUUCUCUUAGGACUUUUAAAUUCUUGUAUUCCUUCUUAUAUGCAUCAGUAGCAUACUUACCAAUCGGUUUAUAAUAAUUAGCCAUGCAUAUUCCCAUGCAUAUUUUGCUCAGAAAAAGGUUAGGCUACUUUCUUGCAGCUCAGGAAGGCAUGUGAUUCCUAAAGCGUUUUGAAUUAGCAUCUUAGAAAAGAUAAAAUAACUUAGAUCAGGGGUGUCAAACUCAAGGCUGUGCUUAGAUCUGGCCCCUGGGGCCAACCUGGAAACAGCAAAGGACUGGCCUAAGGUGCUUCUGCCUGCUCACUGGCAAAAGGUUGCAGGAGGCCAUCACAAAUGGGAGCCCAUUUUCUCUGGCAGAGAGCUCGGGCCACCACAGGCACCCCUGACACGAGUGAUGUUGAGAUGGCCACACAUACCCCACACUUCUCCCGAGGUCAAACACAACCCUUAGUGUCAAACUCAAUUAAAUCGAGUUUGACACUCCUGACUUAGAUUAUUGAAGACCUUCAUCUUUAUGUUUUGGAUAAAUGUCAAGGAAAAAUAAUGAAAUAUUUAUUGUUGAGGGUUUUUUUUACACCUCGCAAUAAUGGAGCAACCUAUUUUCUAGGUCCUCAGCAUGGUGCAGGUGUACCUUGAUGCCCACCAAGCAUACUACCUAAUUAAUAAAAAAAAUUAAGGGGGGGGAAGUUAGCAUGUUACAGAAGAACACCUUCAAGCAUAAUUUCUGCCUGUGCUUGAUAUACAAAGGCAUUCUUCACCAAUAAAAUAACAGAUGGCUACAAUGCAUUGCUUUGUUACUUUUUGGUAUAUGGAUAUCUUCUGAUUACCAUACUACGAUUGUAACUAAUUGGUCAGAAUGCCUGCGAAUGCUGACCAGGCAGGCAUUCCCUCUACCUUAUAAAAUGUCACUGCCUUUGCAGCAAGAAGGCUGGGCUGAGAGAAGAGAGGAUCUGAAAAUAGAUUCUGACAAUUCUGGACUUUUCCUCCAUCCCUUGCUGAAGCCUACAAGCCCCUUUUCCAGCUUCACCUGUACCAUGAACUGCAGACUGCAUGCUGUAGUUAUUGGAAGCCUGCCUCCCUACCCUUGUUCCAGUUCUGCAGCUACCCCAAAGAGCAAUUCCCCUAUAGCCCCCACCUUCCCCUGGGGAACUGCCGCUGACUCGCCUGACUAGCUCAGGUACAGAGAGUGCUGUGCGUUGCUGUCCUGCUUCCUCCUCUCCAGCUGGGCCUGACCAGCAAAUGAUGCUCCACCAUCCUGCCGCCCUCACUGCACACAUCCAGGGCUAUACCCUUGCCUUGUGCCUGGGUCUUGGCCGCCAGGGAAAGGAAGGAGACAGCAAAGGUCAGCUCUGAGCAGAGGGCUGUUGGGGGGAUACCAGGGAUAUGUGAUAGAAUGCAGAGCGCCCAAAAGGGCAUAGAUGGGAGGAGAUAGGUGAGUGAGGCAGUUGAAGUGCUCUUGCGUUUGAGUGCAAGUGAAUCUAAACGAUGGUGUGACUCGGGGAGGGGGUCACUGCAAAAGCCAUACUUUCAGGUACAGGUCAUCUCCCUUUGUUCAGUGCUGUCAUAACUUUGAACUGUCACUAAAUGAAUUGUAAGCGGAGGAUUACCUGUAAUGUACCAUGAACCAAGUAUUGGUGAUUUAAUAUGUCAUCAGAGGUCACUGAUCAUUGCUUCUUCAAAUUCAGGUUCUCUCGUUUACUCCCUGUGAUCCAGUCAAUAGCAUCCACUUGUCCAUUGCUAUUUCUGGUUUUCUGCCUUUACUCUGGAUGUGCUUAAUCUUUGAUUUCCGUAUUUGAAAUACAUUAGUGUAUUUACAUUUUGAAGCCAAAAAGGUUAAUCUUUUGGUUGCUGCAAACAUAUAGAUCUUAAAAGUUUAGUUAUGGAAAUUACUUUGAUUCAGCAUUGCAUGAAACCAGUAAAUUUUAAGUUGAAAGUUCAAGUAAUUCGUUUUGUUCUGAGACCUUUUUUAAAACAGAUUUUUUCCUAUUUAUAACUGAUAAGUUUAUCACCAAAUUUUUCCUGUGCUCUACUUUCAUAGCAAAUAUUCAGUUGCAAUCUUAUUCACACUUACAUAUAUGUAAAUACAUUUAAACUCAUGGGAUUAUGUAUAGAUGUACAUAGAACAAUGAUAUUUUUUAACUCACGUGAUUGUGUAUGGGCUCCUUUUCAUUGUUGCCUUUGUUUCUAUUUAACAUUUUGUUGAUACAUGUUAACUGCUUACUGAAAUCCCUGUAUCUAUUUCCUAUGCCUGUUUUCUGCUUUUUUUUGUCUUCCACUUCCCCCUUUCUCCCAGCCAUUUUUGGAUUUCUCAUUGUUAAAGACACUAUGUUUUAAGAGUCGUAUAGCACCUUACAAGCCACUUUUACCAUCUGCCAGUCAGGUAUUCGAAAGAGAGGUUGUAUUUUUAGUUAAAAGUAUAUAAUUAAAAAUACACUAUGCUAACUACUAGAUAAUCUUUCAGACUCAACAAGCAUAGCAAUGAGUUUCAGUACUAAUUAGCAAAAUAUAUUAAAAAGUUUCUUAAAUUAUUUUCUAAUUGAUUUAUUUUUGUCUUACAAUAUUGCUGAAAGGGAAGGAUCCGCAUCCUAAGUUUCAGUUUUUGUGAGAGUGCUUGUAUUAAAAUAUGCAUUUUCAUACAUUUAUUUUCACACAAUCUGAAUGGAUCUAAACUAGUAUUUUUGGACUGUAUGGUUUCUAACCAACCUUUCUAUGGUUUUAAAAAUUUUGAACGAUGUUCACCAAGGGAAAAUAAUAGAUUUGUAAAUAAAACAGUUGAUAAUUAGUUUAGUUGCAGUGUAAAUACAAGCAUUCAUGAUUAGUGAUAUCCAUCUAUUUUUGAUAUUUCAUGUAUGGCUUUCAUAGAUUCCAUGGCUGGAUAGAAAAUAGAACAUGUCUGAACUACAAUGUUGGUCCUCUACAUUUUUAAAAAAAAACUUGGAACAGAAUUUUUGACUACUUCAUGCUCCAGGUUCUCGCUUUUCAAAUGUUUUAUUUUCCAGUGUGUAAAAUAUAGUAAAGAUUUUACUUUUUGAAAACCAUCUGUAUAUAAAACUCUUUAUGCCAAUAUUUUUGUUAAAGUACAAAAUUGUCAUUCAUCCUUGUGUUCCCCACUGUCUUUGUAAAAUCAGUGAGGAUGCUCUGGUUAAUAAAAAAUGUAUAUAUACA